AUGUCUGUUGACGGAGAAACGAGCAGGGUGAUGAGAGGUGUUCAACAUGGAGCUUGUGAUUAUCUUCUUAAGCCUAUAAGAAUGAAAGAACUUCAAAAUAUCUGGCAGCAUGUCUUUAGAAAGAGGAUAAAUGAGGUGAGAGAUAUUGAAAGUUAUGGAGGGAUUGAAGAAAUUCAGCUGAUGAGAUAUGGAUCACACCAACUUGAUGACAGAUAUUUGCUUAAUGGAGGUGAUCUGACUUCCGAAAAGAAAAGAAAAGUUGUUGAAAACAAGCUUGAUGACAAAGACUUCAGUGAUUCUUCUUCUCUGAAGAAAGCUAGAGUAGUUUGGACCGUAGAUCUUCAUCAGAAAUUUGUCAAAGCUGUAAAUCAGAUCGGAUUUGAUAAACUUGGUCCUAAGAAAAUACUCGACUUGAUGGAUGUUCCAUGGUUGACAAGAGAAAAUGUUGCUAGCCACUUGCAGAAAUACCGUCUCUACUUGAGUAGGUUACAGAAAGAAAAUGAACUAAAAUCUUCUUUGAGUAGGAUAAAUCAGUCAGCUGCCUCUCCGAAAGACACUGCUCGAAAACUUGGUUUUCACGAUUCGAUCAAUAUGCAGCCAGAUGGUGCUGCUAAUGGCCUCUAUGGAACUUCUGACAACAAAAUUCUAAUCCACAGCAUCGAUCAUAAAAUCCAUGAAGCUGAUCUUAAGGGUAUUGUUUCGUUGCCGAUGAUAGAACCCAAGAAAGCUCCGAUUGUUAAUAUUCCUGAACCUCGGAGGGCAAGCAGGUCAACCAUGGGCCUCAAUGAAUCUUUCGGGUCAAUGGAACGAGGCCUUAAAUAUGCAGCAUUUGAUUCUACUUUCCCUAUGCACCACUCAUGGAGCGGUGAAUAUCCUGAAAUUCAGUAUCAAGAACAUAAUCCUCAUCUUCAGUUAGAGAAUGGCUUCAGCCACCUGCCACUGUCAGCUCCACAGCAUCACAUCCAAGUUAAUAAUCUACGACCAGCUACUUCGACAAAUACCACACCGAUCAACAAGGAAAGAGAUAAACCAGCACCGGAUGAAAUCAGCCCUUCAUAUGCCAAAAACAGAAGCCAACAAAUCAGACAAGUAUCUCCGACAGGAAAUGCAUUCAACUUACUUUCAGUUCAGUCUCAGAGCCAAAUGACUAAUGUCCACACUGCAGAUCCACCAGUCAGUGCUACAUCUAGCAUGAAGAAUCAAGGCGUUGAUCGGAUUUCAAUAAAUGAACCGGAAUCUACACAGGGAAACCUGGGAAGGGGGUCAGCCUUUGCAUAUAUUGAUGAGGACUUAACCACUUCUUUGUUUCAAGGUGAUUGCCAUCCCACUAAUCUUGGUUUCCAGAACAAAAAAAACUUGGAAAACAAAGACCCAGAGCUCGUCGUUGAAAUUCUUCCCUACUUGUAUGAUGCGUUGAUGUUUGACUAUGAGUGUCCCGGUGAGUCAGUGGAAUAUCCUGUAAUAAUAGAUCAAGGAUUGUUCAUAGCAUGA